AUGGAGAAUAAUCGGUUGCAGCUCAAAACUUUGAUAGAAAGUGUUCGUUGGCUUACGUUCCAAGCUUGUGCCUUUAGAGGUUAUGAUGAAAGCUCUGACUCAAAAAAUCAAGUUAACUUCAUUAAACUGAUAAAACUUUUGACAAGUUAUAAUGAUCAAGUUAAUGGAGUUGUCAUAGAAAAUGCUCCACAGAAUGCCAAAUAUACAUCACCCAAAAUUCAAAAGGAAAUUUUGCAUAUAUUUGCAAAUAAAGUGCGAAAUGUGAUUCGCGAAGAAAUUAGAGAUGCCAAAUUUUGUAUUCUUGUUGACAAAGCUCGGGAUGAGUCUAAAAGAGAACAAAUGAGAUAUGAUGGAGAAAGUAAUAUGCGCGGUGAAUGGAAUGGAUUACAAGCUUUAUUUCUUAAAAAUUGUCCCUAUGCAUAUUAUAUGCAUUGUUGCGCUCAUAAACUACAAUUAGCUUUAGUAGCAGCCUCUAGAGAAGCCAAACAUGUUCAUCAGUUCUUUGUCCAUUUGACAUCCAUUAUCAAUAUUAUUGCUGGUUCUUCUAAACGUCAUGAUGAAUUGCAAUCUGCUCAAGCUGCUGAAAUUGAAAGUUUGAUCGCUUCUAAAGAGAUUGAGACUGGAAAAUGGGCAAAUCAAAUUGGCACGCUACAACGAGCUGGAGAUACUAGAUGGGGAUCUCAUUUUCAAUCUGUUUGUAGCUUGAUGAGGAUGUUCAGUGCUAUUUGCUCAGUUAUCAAUACUAUUUCAAAUGAGGGAUCAAAUUAUUCUCAACGUGGUGAUUCUAAAGCGGCUUACAUGAUAUUAACAUAUUUUGAAUUUAUUUUCUAA